AUGGAUAUUAAUAAUCUAAACUUCAUAACAGGGAGCAACUUAGAGUCAGAUGAAGAGCCUCUGAAGCAAGUGCCAUUAAAUGAAGAAGAGGUUGCUGUUCUGGAGUCAUAUUUGGAGCAAUGGGACUUGGCUUCAAGUCAAGAGAGAAAUGUGAUCUGGAAGGAUGCCACAACAGAAGCUCGGCUGAAGGCGCCCAAGAUGGAUAAAAAUCUCUUGAGGUCCCGAAAGAUGGUCUACCGAAAAUGGCUGCAGAAUCAUAGAGAAAAAAAGAAGGAUACUACAAGCUUCUAUCAAUCUCGGGAGGAAGUGGAUGUACCGUAUCUGAUGGACAUGGUAAAUUCUCUCACCGAGAAGGAGAUAGAAGAUGCUACCGUUAUGGCCAGGCAAUGGAAUAUGCAGGGAGUCCCUCUGGAUGUCCAAGCAGAUACUGCAAGGUGGAAUAGUGAGGACUUGCUCCAGUAUGUAGCAAGCAAAAUGUUUAAGAAAGCCGGAAUGUGGCUGUUCAUCCUGUCAGCUUGGAAGGAUGAGGAGGGGAAAUUGAUGGUUUCAAGGUGGUGGAGCAAAGCCAAAAAGGAAGUCAGACCUCUGGUGAGAUGGCACAGCAAGCGGGAAGUUGUCGCCAAAAUGGCCCAACUGCCAACAAAGGGCAAGCAAGUGAAAAGUGGGGCUCAGAUGAAAUCUCGGAAAAAGUCAAUGGUGCAGGCGACUGCUCAGUCAGAUAGUUCUGAAGAUGCAGAUGCUCAAAUUCAGGGGCAUAUAAUCAAGACUGACAAAUGGCAGGUAGGAAAGACUUGUCUAAGCAAGAAAGUCAGAAUGUCAAUGGACGUUGCUGAAUCAGAUCAUGCCAGCGAGUCAUCUUCCGAUGAAAUCGAGAUGACAGCCCUGGUGAAUAUGCAUGGAAGGACAUCAGGCAAGGGAGGCUCACUCCUACCACCACCACAGAAUAUACAGAAGAAGACCCACUGCACUGCAUGGACAAGGAACAUGAAGAUCGGGUCCAGACAGAGAAACCAUGGCCUCAUCAAAAAAUGGUCAUCCAGAACAACACAAGGCCCACGCUGGUCAAACAACCAGAUCAUGGACAUCCAACCAGAAGGUCCCAGAUGGAUGAGCGCUCUGCUGUGCCUGAUGCAACCAGAAUGA